AUGAGAUUGCCGCUUCUCCUGCUCACAAUAUCGAGUCUUUACCCGACGUCUGCUCUCUGGCAAAGAUGCAGAUGUACACCAGCUCACAGUUGCUGGCAACAGAUUGAUUGGUCCUCCUUGAAUGCGACUGUGUCGGGGAAGCUCAUUCGCAACUCGCCACCAGCAGUCUCCUGCUACCCCGGUCCUAAGUAUAACAAGGAAGAAUGUGCCCAUGUUGGCUCGCAAUGGUCCAAUACCACAUUUCAGUCUGAGCAGCCCAUUGGAUACUGCUAUCCCAUUGACAAUAGCUGUCCUGUUACGAAUUUUACAUGGCAAGGCAAAUGUAGCUUGGGACCGUCUCCAGUAUACACGAUCAAUGCUACCGAGCUGGAGGAACUGGUUGCUGGUAUCUCUUUUGCCCGAGUGAACAAUGUCCGUCUGGUUAUUCGAAACACUGGCCACGAUCUGCUGGGAAAGUCUACGGGAUACGGAUCUCUCCAGAUCUGGGUUCGGUAUCUUCGCAAAGGGAUUCUGUUCCAACCUACCUUCAACCUCUCUAUACCCUGCGCAGCAUGCAACUGGACCGGCGCGGCGUUUACGGUUUCCGGGGGCUACAUUUGGGACGAGGUUUAUGAGGAAGCAUUUGUCCGUGACCUGAUCGUGGUUGGAGGAGGCGAUCCGACUAUCAGUGUCAUUGGCGGCUAUAUUCAGGGUGGUGGCCAUUCGCCGGCUACUCACGACUUUGGCCUUGCCAGUGACCAGGUGCUGGAAGCCCAAGUCAUCCUCGCCAAUGGGUCAAUAGUCGUAGCCAAUCCGUGCAUCAACCCCGAUCUAUUCACAGCCCUCCGGGGCGGAGGUGGAGGUACAUAUGGCGUAGUCAUAUCCGUUACCAUCAAGGCGCAUCCUUCCAGACCGGUUGUGGCGCACACGCUCGCCAUAGUACCCACCUCAACAAGCAACCUCAACCCCUUCCUGGAUGCUAUUACUGAUCUAUAUACCUUUUAUCCUACCCUGUCAGAAUCUGGCUUCUCCGGCUACGGCUCUUGGUCUAUUAACGACCCGAUCACUACUUAUGGCAAUUCCCCAGCUGGAUACAAACAUGCAUUCGCGGCCCUAGACAAACCACUCGUAUCAGCGAAGUCAGCAUUAGAACCUAUUCUAGACACGUUGUCUGUCCAUGAUGCGAUUGACAUCUUUGUCAGCUGGUUCGAGUUCCCCUCGUAUGCGGCAUACUACCGCGCCAUGUCCGGGGUUCACCAAAAGACCGGGGUCCCCGAAACAUCCCUUGCUUCUCGCAUGUUUGACAAGAAGGCUUUGACUUCAGAUCGUGAGCGCCUCCGGGGGAUGGUUGGAGCCGUAGCAGGAAACGCCUUAGAGUCCACUAUAAAUCAGGUCCUUUUGGUAGGGGGAGGCAAGGUCCUCGAAGAGCCAGAAUACAGCGGCGUCAAUCCAGCCUGGCGAAAGACAUUCCUAAUCCACAUCGUCGCUCGCGGAUGGCCUGCGAAACUCGGCCCUGUCGUGGCUAAGAAGGUCAAGACAGAUAUUACGUACAGCAAAUACUAUGCUAUGCGGCAAUUGACACCGGGAAUGGGUGGUUAUCUGAACGAGGCUGACAGGAACAACCCUUGGUGGGAAGAAGAUCUCUAUGGGACGACAAAAUAUAAUCAGCUUCUUCAGAUCAAGACCAAGUACGACCCAGAGGGGGUCUUCUACUGCCCACAAUGCGUCGGAAGCUCCUCCUGGUACGAGCAAACUCUGCCGGGGAAGAAAUACGGCCCACUCUGUGCGAGAUAA